CUGGGUCCCGCCGCCGCCCCGCUCGUUCCCCGCCCCGCCGCGCUCCCGCCCCGCCGCCGCCGCCAGCCCCGGCUCCCCCGGCGCCGAAGAUGCUGCGGCUCUGCCUCCUCGCCGCGCACGCUCUGCGGCUGGCGGGGGCCGCCCUGCUUUCGCCCGGGUCGUGCGCCUUUGAGGACAGCGCCUGCGGAUACGAGUGGGACUUCGCGCAUCUGCCCUGGGCGCUGCACGGCGAAGGACAUUACAUUUCUGUGGACACAUCUUAUGAGGGUGAGAAAGCAGUGCUUUUCAGUCCUGACCUAUAUUCUGAAGAGUGGAGCUGCAUCAGACUGAUUUAUCAGAUAGCAACUACUUCAGGGACUUCAUCUGAUCAUGCCAGGCUCAACCUGUAUCUAAGGCAAGAAGGAGAGAGCUUUGAUCGUUUGAUGUGGUCAGCCAAGGAGCCUUCAGAUAGCUGGCUCAUAGCUAGUUUAGACUUAACAAACAGCACAAAGAAGUACAAGAUUGUACUAGAAGGUGAAAUGGGACAAGAUAAAUCUGCCAGUAUAGCCAUCUUUGAAAUUAAAAUAACUCCUGGGUAUUGCAUUGAGUGUGACUUUGAAGAAAAUCAUCUUUGUGGCUUUGUGAACCGCUGGAACCCCAAUGUGAACUGGUUUGUUGGUGGAGGAAACAUUCGCAAUUCCCAGUCCAUCCUUCCCAAAGACCACACACUAAACAGUGAAUUGGGUCACUACAUGUAUGUGGACUCUGUUUACGUCAAACAUUUUCAGGAAGUGGCACAGCUAAUCUCACCAAAGACCACAGCCCCAAUGGCAGGCUGCUUAUCUUUUUAUUAUCAACUUAAGCAGGAGAGCAGCAUUGUUUUUACCCUUUACUUGAGAGAUAUGAAUGGCUUUUAUGAAGAGAUCUGGAAAACAGAGAGUGCCUUGUCUGCAGGCUGGGAGUUAGCAGAGGUUGACUUUAGUGCACCGUACCCCAUGGAGGUAGUAUUUGAAGUUGCUUUCAAUAGUGCCAAGGGAGGUUAUGUUGCCCUUGAUGACAUUUCCUUCUCUCCGUCUUACUGCAGCAAUCAGACAGGAAUUUCCUUCAAUCCUGCAGACGCAAGCUGCAAUUUUGAGGAAGAUCUGUGUAAUUUUUACCAGGAUCACAAGGAUGGCCCAGGAUGGAGCAGAGUGAAAGUGAAGCGCAAUGUGUAUAGAGUAGGAGAUCACACUACUGGGUUUGGUUAUUACUUGCUGGCAAACACGAAGUUUACAUCACAGCCUGGGUACAUUGGACGUCUGUACGGCCCAACCCUGCCAGGAAACCUGCAGUUUUGCCUACGUUUUUAUUAUGCCUUGUAUGGUUUUUUCAAAAUGAGUGGCACCCUCACUGUUUAUAUUUUUGAGGAGAAUCAUGUGGUUCAAGAGAAAAUCUGGUCUGUGUUGGACUCUCCAAAGGGAGUUUGGACUCAAGCUGAAAUCUCCUUCAAAAAGCCUAUGCCUUGCAAGGUUGUCUUUGUGAGUUGGUGCAAAAGCUUCUGGGACUGUGGACUUGUGGCACUGGAUGAUAUAACUCUGAGCCUGGGAAGCUGCCAGUCUGCUGAUCUACUGCCACCCUCUCCUGGAAAGUGUACUUUUGAAAAAGAUGAGUGUAUGUUUACCCAGAAGAAGAGAGGUCGUGGAAGUUGGCACAGGAGAAGGGGCCCAACUCCCACCUCUUACACUGGACCAAAAGGAGACCACACUACCGGGGUAGGAUACUACAUGUACAUAGAGGCAUCCGACAUGGUCUAUGGACAGAGAGCAUACCUAAUUUCAAGAUCACUAAGAGGGGUCUCUGGAAAACAGUGCUUGACAUUUUUCUAUCACAUGUAUGGAGCUGGGACUGGAUUAUUAAGUGUUUAUCUAAAAAAAGAAGGUGAUGAUGAAGAGAUUCCUUUAUGGAGGAGGACAGGGGAACAAAGCAUCUCAUGGCUAAGGGCACUGAUAGAAUAUGAAAGUGAUAGAACCUACCAGAUUAUUUUUGAAGCAAUCCGUGGGGUGUCGAUAAGAAGUGACAUGGCUAUUGAUGAUAUUCUGUUCCAAGCAGGACCCUGUUUAGAAGUGGAAGAAAUUCAAUUCUCAUCAGGCUAUCCCGACAGCUUAAAUGAAAUUGAGUAUUAAAUACAAUACAGUCUGCUGAAAGGAAUGGAGUGCAUAGAAGGUUUUUACAUGAGAAACUGCACAAACUGCCUAUUUUAAAAUGCGUUUUAAGUAAAUACUGGACUGGUUUGGAUAUGUAACAAUGUAUGGGAAGAACUCAGAGCACUCAUGUUCCUCGCCUUUGCAAUGAAAUUAUUGACUCAGGGCUUCUUAGACUGUUUUUUGUUGUUGUUGUUGUUGUUAUUUUUUUCUCUUCUGCAUGAGGUAUCAAUUAUUAUAUAAAUGCUUCUCAUUUUGCACAGAUCGUUCAACACAGUAUUUUAGUGCUUUAUUUUUGUGUGUAAAUCUUUCUGGUAUAUAGGUAAAAAGGGGAAAGUAAAGGUACACAAUUAAAACCCAAUAUUGUGUUAUCUUAAAUCUGCAUUCAGUGAAUGUUUUGUGUUGGGUACAGAAUGGAUUUUUGUUAAGGAAAUUAUAAAUAUUUUUAAAUAAUAAAGAAAAUUGUAUUAGAUACUACUAAUAUCCUACAGGUUAAGUGCAAUUAUUAAUGAGACAAUUCCUUCUGGGAAACUCUAACACUUUGCAGGCAAUUUUUUGUGUUUUUGUAUUCUUUUACUAUAACGAAUAUCUUUGUCAUCCUUACCAAUAAUAAGCUCACCUUUAGUAUUCCGGUAUAAUUCAGUGUAACCUAUUGCCAUUUUGAACUAUAUGAAACAAAACCCUUUGAAACCGUAUGUUUUCUGGCAUACGAAUCUUCUUUUCUAAAUAAAUUCGUUUGUACACGCACAGAGAAUGUACUUACACUUUACCCAAUCACAAAUGCCUUGCAAUUAUAUUGAUAAGAUACUGAAUUCACACAACUUGUUAAUUUUUAGGAUUUUUUUAAUGUGUUUGUGUUUAAGGUUUUGUUUUGAAACUAUUAAAACUUCCUAAUAAAAUGUAACUU